AUGCACUCGGGACGUUUCAGCCUGGGGAAGGGGUGGGCUGAAUUCUCGACAAAGUUAGCAUAUUUCCAUCUUGAGUGUGAACACAGUGAAACCAUUGGCAUAUGUGCAGUGUGUCAAAACGCUUCCCGGUGCCGACAUACAGAAGUUUCCUUCGCAGCGCCACCAAAUCCCUUGCUUGCGAUACUCGGGAUGAUCGAGGUGAUCUGCAAUGACCGUAUUGGGCGAAAGAUCCGAGUGAAGUGCAAUCCUGAUGACACCAUCGCGGACCUCAAAAAGCUUAUCGCGGCACAGUGUGGGACCCGAUGGGAAAAGAUUCGAAUACAGAAGUGGUACAACACGUACAAGGACCACAUCACGCUCGAGGACUAUGAGAUCAAAGACGGUAUGGGUGGCUUACUUGCAUCUUGA